AUGUCUCGUACUACCUCGGCUUCCUCUACGACCACCACGGCUACCACGACCAGCGGCCACGUGCGGACUGUAUCCGUCAAAGCAAGCAAUGUGAAACCGCAGCAAUUGAACCCCAUGCCAGCGUCUGAUAUCAGGCUCUUUGUGACCAAUUUGCGAUUGCUAGACUUUGAUUUGCGAGACGACUGGCCGGAUAUUACUGUGCAAACAUUCUCGGCCAAGAAUGCGGAUCAGCGGCAGAGAAUCGCUGGAACCGAAUGGGCCCUGUUCCGCUUAUUUGAGAUCUGGGAUCCCAGCGAGACAGCGCAGAAGCUACAACCGUUCUUUCCACCCCUCGAACCACUCCAGUCGCUGAACCUCCGCGCCGCGCUCUUCCGAUGCUUGAACGAGUUGAAGAAGAAUGGUGUACUUGGGAGAGAGUCUGUUCUCAGGAAGACGAUGCUGGAUGAGUGCAAGGGCGACAAGUUUUACGAGAUCAUUGCGAUAUUCUCAAAUGUCACAUUGAAGAAGGUGCUUGCAGCGCAGGACGGAGGUCGUCGGGAUGAGGCGGUCGCAAGAAGGCUAGCGACGGCACCAAUGCUUCCGAUUGAUCAGCAACAGUCACUACUCCCAUUGGCGAUUGCGCACCGUGCAGCAUUAGUCAAUGUGUUGAAGAAGAAGGAAGAAAAGAGGAGAAGAUACAUGGAGUUUGAAGCAAUGCUGGAUAAGAAGGCAGAGGAUAUCAAUCGCCGUAUACGAAAGUGCACAGAUAUUCCUCAGGCACAAAAGCCUGCUGUAUCUCAGAAGGAGGCAGAUGCUGUCAAGAGGCAGCUCAAAGACAACUGGAUAGGCAAUCAGAAGUGGCUCAAUGUCAUGCUCCAUGGCGAGGAAACUCAUACAGGAGAUGCCUUCCUCAACACCCGGUUCGACAAGGUCUGGUACAUGGUAGAGAAAGGACGAAAGCUUGAAGAUGUCGCGCCAGAGACCGGACUGCUGGAGAACCUACAAUCAAGAGUACACGAGCAGCAGGAGCGGUUGCAGAAAUGGAAGGACUUCCAUGAAGAGUUGCAGAACGAUGCCUCUGGAAGAGAGAACCGGGUCAAUUCAAGGCGUGUGGCGCCGAUCAGGGAACUCAAGUUUGACGCCCAUUCCCAAUACCAGCUGCCGCCUUCGAAGCAGACAGUGGAGCAAACAUCGAUUAAACGGCCAGCAAUGCGAGUGGAAUAUCGUGACAUCUUGUCAGAUAUGGAUGUGGAAUUGGAACACGCCGGCAAGAUUCGAGCAGGCCCUGUAUCCACUAUUCUACCGCGACGACGUACCUCGCCUGCAAAAGAAGUGAAAGAAGUAAAAGAAGUGCAAUCACCGGUCCCGGUCCCGAAGAGAAAACCGACCCUGCCUGAGCCGGUACCUGCGUCGCCGACCAGCCCAGUGGUCCCGCCAAAACCCAAACAUCUUGCCAGACCCAAUUCUCUGCAGAAAGUACCUACGCUGCCGAAGCCGUCAGACCACGUGGCGGCGGUGUCUACACCGAUUGAUUCAGAGGCAACGCUGGUUGGCCAAGCUUCUGCGCUUCGUAGCUCACCACCAGCAGCUCGUCAUGCCGGGUCGCCGAUACGAAAGUCUCCACCACCUACACCACCUAAGAAGAGUGGAAUACUCAAGGCCCAGAGCCCCAGAGCCACCGUAACUCUCACAGUCCAGCAAGCAUCACCCUCGCCAAAUGAGUGUGGCUCAAACCCACUAUCAGACUACCCAUCCAAACCCCCAGUCCCAACCUUUGAACCCCCUAUCCUCGAUCCCGAGGAAGCAAUAGCGGACCAAAUCAUAAACUCAAUCGGCAACGCUACCCCAUCCCCCGUCAAAAAACCCCAACCCCGCAUGUCCCUCUCCCUCCUCGAACGCACCCGCCUAACCAUGUCCCACGCAAAUCCCUCGGAACAAACCCUCGAAUCCCCCAUCCCCUUACCCUCCAUGGCACCACCCCCUCUCCCCGCCACCCACGCCAACCCCGCUGCGGACCUCCUCGAGCGCACGCGUCUCAGCAUGGUAGCAUCGCAAUCCCUACCCCGCCGCGCGCCCUCGGUGCCCCAGCGCAAACCCAGCAGCGGUGGCGGCCGCCAGAGUCUGUACCCUACAACCCAAUUCGACACGCCGCCGCGGAACCGGCAUCCCGGUCUGGAACGCACGCCUACGGAGCAGUUGUUUAGCGAUGAAGUGGAUUAUGAUCGUGUGUUCAAGUCGAGGCCGUUGAUUGCAACGAGUCCGGUUUGGAGUCCAGGGGGUGCCGAGGAUGAUGAUGAUGAUCCCGAUGGUGUUACGGGGAUUGAUUUGAGGGAUGUGGAUCAGGAUGAUGAUGAGGAUGGAGAGGAAGGGGGUUAUGGCGGUAGUUGGAUGGAUAGUCCUAGUCAUAAGAGGAGGGUGAGGUGUUGA